AUGGCACCGAACCCAAUGCAUCCAUGUGAAUGUGCUCCACCGCUCGUUCAAGCUGCAGUUCCCCUUGAGUCUGUGGCCACAAUGACAAAGCAACAGCUGCUCUUGAACCAAUUCCUACAGCCACCAGAUGCUUCAAACUCCGAGGCUUCCGACAAGCCAGGCAAGCCAUCCAUAUCCGGAAGCAACUGUGGAAGCAACCCUGACGGCCUGGUCUCAGGCAGUGCUGGAGGGCAGGAGCCAAGAGGCAGAAAUGCACAACCCUCCCACAACGCGCAGCAGGUGGCUAGCCUCUUUGACGAUGGCAAGACGACGGUCAUGCUCCGCAACAUCCCCAAUCGAUACAGCUGUGAGGAGCUCCUGAAUGAGGUGAUGCUGGCCGGGUUCGAGGGCAAGUUCGACUUCUUCUACCUUCCCAUGGACUUCCACACCAAGCGAAAUCGCGGCUACGCUUCUCGGAUGCCCAUGAGCGCUUUAGUGUUUUGGUGGGUUAGAAUCCUUACUUGGAGGUUCAUCCAUAAGUAG